GGGUCGGCGCGCCAGCCCUGCCUUGCGUGCUCACGUGACAGGUCGCCGAGGCCCGGCUCUCGCAGUCGUCCAGGGUAGCGAAGAUGGCGGCCGAGAGGGAACCUCCUCCGCUGGGGGACGUGAAGCCCACCGACUUCGAGGAGCUGGAGGACGGCGAGGACCUGUUCACCAGCACCGUCUCCACCCUGGAGUCCAGUCCAUCCUCUCCUGAACCAGCCAGUCUUCCUGCAGAAGAUAUCAGUGCAAAUUCCAACGGCUCCAAACCUGUAGAAGUCAUACUAGACGAUGACAGAGAAGAUCUUUUUGCAGAAGCCACAGAAGAAGUGUCUUUGGACAGUCCAGAAAGGGAGCCUAUCCUCUCCUCCGAGCCUUCGCCUGCAGUCACUCCUGUCACGCCCACUGCACUCACUGCUCCUAGAAUCCAGUCAAAGAGCCUUUCUGCUCCCGUGAUCUUUGAUAGAUCCAGGGAAGAGAUUGAAGAAGAAGCAAAUGGAGAUAUUUUUGAUAUAGAAAUUGGUGUGUCAGAUCCAGAAAAAGUUGGUGAUGGCAUGAAUGCUUACAUGGCAUAUAGAGUAACAACAAAGACUUCUCUUUCCAUGUUCAGUAAGAGUGAGUUUUCAGUCAAAAGAAGAUUCAGUGACUUUCUUGGUUUGCAUAGCAAAUUAGCAAGUAAAUAUUUACAUGUUGGUUACAUUGUGCCACCAGCUCCAGAAAAGAGUAUAGUAGGUAUGACCAAGGUCAAAGUAGGUAAAGAAGACUCAUCGUCCACUGAGUUUGUAGAAAAACGAAGAGCAGCCCUGGAGAGGUAUCUUCAAAGAACAGUAAAGCAUCCAACCUUGCUUCAGGAUCCCGACUUAAGACAGUUCUUGGAGAGCUCAGAGCUGCCGAGAGCAGUUAAUACACAGGCUCUGAGUGGGGCAGGAAUAUUGAGGAUGGUGAACAAGGCUGCCGACGCUGUCAACAAAAUGACAAUCAAGAUGAAUGAAUCGGAUGCAUGGUUUGAAGAAAAGCAGCAACAAUUUGAGAAUCUUGACCAGCAACUUCGGAAACUUCAUGCUAGUGUUGAAGCCUUGGUCUGUCAUAGAAAAGAACUUUCAGCCAACACGGCUGCCUUUGCUAAGAGUGCUGCCAUGCUAGGUAAUUCUGAGGACCACACUGCCCUGUCUAGAGCCUUGUCUCAGCUUGCAGAGGUUGAGGAGAAGAUAGACCAGUUACAUCAAGAACAAGCUUUUGCCGACUUUUACAUGUUCUCAGAACUUCUUAGUGACUACAUUCGGCUCAUUGCUGCAGUGAAAGGUGUAUUUGACCACAGGAUGAAAUGCUGGCAGAAAUGGGAAGAUGCUCAAAUUACUUUGCUCAAAAAACGUGAAACUGAGGCAAAAAUGAUGGUUGCUAAUAAACCAGAUAAAAUUCAACAAGCUAAAAAUGAAAUAAGAGAGGAAAUUGAAGAGUGGGAGGCAAAAGUACAACAAGGAGAAAGAGACUUUGAGCAGAUCUCGAAAACAAUUCGAAAAGAAGUGGGAAGAUUUGAGAAAGAAAGAGUGAAAGAUUUUAAAUCUGUUAUCAUCAAGUACUUGGAGUCAUUAGUACAAACACAGCAACAGCUGAUAAAGUACUGGGAGGCAUUCCUACCUGAAGCCAAAGCUAUUGCCUAGCGGUAACGUUAUCCCUGUUAAGGAGCCAUUGGAUUCCUCAGUGAGAUCAUCUAGAGACCAUCUAAAUAAACCACUAUAUAUUUUAUGAAUUACAUGUGGUUUUUUUAUAUAUAAAAACAUAUGCGCUGACAUUUUAUUACAAGCUGCAUGUCCUGACCCUCUUUGAAUUAAGUGGACUGUGGCAUGACAUUCUGCAAUAUUUUGCUGAAUUGAACACUAUUGUGUCUUAAAUAAUCGCACUAAAAAUUGCACCGCAAGGCCAGAAAAUUUUACAAUCUUAUUUCUUUUAUGUUCUGUAGUAUGUUUACCCUCAUUAUGAAGCAAAUUAGCAAAUGCAUUGAUUAAUGUUCACUUAUACAUUCCUGUACAGAAAUUAUGAUUUUGUGAUUAUAGUAAUAAAAUGAUAUUACUUGUGAAAUAUUAGUAAUUAUUUGAGUAUUUAACAUGUUAGGGAUCUUCUUAAUAGGAAGAAAUACUUCUAAAUGUAUAUAGUUAAUACUGUCAUUCUUUAAAUGUUUUGAUAGAAAAUGCCAAGUUCUUACAUUGAAUAGCUAAAUGAAGUUUAUAUAUUGUCUUAUAAAACAACCUUAAAUCAGG